ACCUCCACCACCACCGCCAACCAGCCUUGCCCAACCCAGCCCGAGGCCGGUACCGAUUGUGGUUUCAUCAACCCUCUUGACCCUUGCGCACCUCAGCCCGACGGAUUUGGACCUGUCCCUACUCCCGACACCGUCGCCGCCUUCUACAACUACUCCGUCCUCCACGAUGCUGCCAAGGCUGCUCCGUCGGUCAUCCCGUCCUACGCGGAUGCCAGCGGGAACCCGUACGUUCAGGUCUUCCAGGACUUGAACAAGUCCGUCCAGGCUCAAUCUUACCUCGGCCAGUACAACCUGGAGACCUACAACGCUACCCAGUGUGCUGCCCUCUGUGACUGCACCAAGCUGUGCACCGCGUUCAACAUCUUCGCCGAGCGUGAUCCGUCCCUCGCUCCUUCCCGCGCCAGCGACAACUCCACCGCCUUCACCGUCUGGGGUUACGAGUGCCCCAACCCGCCGUCCAUGACCUCGUUCAAGUGCACUCUGUGGGGUUCCUACAUCACCGCGGCCAACGCGAAGAACAACGGCCAAUACCGCGCCGACUUCCACGUCGUCAUUACCGGCUCGGACGGAUAUGACCGCACCAACGGCACCACCCCUCCCAACCCGACCGGCCCCGCGCCCGGAUCCUCCUCCACCGCGACUCUCCACCCGUGGACCCACCCGCAGAACUGCCUCGGCAAGGCCGUCGACGCGCCCCAGUACCACCUCAGCAGCUACUUCUUCCCGGGCCCGUACAACCCGCAAGUCUGCGCCGACUACGCGCUCGCCCAGUCCAGCAUCAACCUCAACGUGGCGGCCAGCCUCGGCGUGAACGCCCAGGUCGGCGGCCUCCUGAACCUCGGCCUCGGCGCCUCCGCCUCCGCCUCCGUCAAGGUCCAGACCGCCAAGUUCUUCAACGCCGUCUACCUCCACCGCAACGGCGAGCCCUGGGGCACCUACUGCUCCCUGUACAACUCCCUCCUCGACGUCAGCCUCGUCGGCACCAACACCGGCAUCGUCUCCGCCGACGGCGUCUCCCUGGAGGUCAAGCAGUGCUUCACUUGGGACCUGGCGAUCUCCCUUUAG